ACACAUAUACUUGUCAAACUUGCAACAGAUGUAAAUAAUUCGCACUGAGCAUCAUAAGUUCUCGCAGAAAACCAUGGAAGAAGAAAUUGUCGAAAACCCGACUCUGCUGUGUCGAAUUUGCUUGAACACAGGAAACUAUGAACUAUCAAGUUUAAUGACCUUGGAGAAUGAAAGGGUAUUGCUUGAGGACAUGUUGAUGGAGUUCUCAUCAAUCGUGGGAGGCGGAAAUAUCCCUUCCAUGCUCUGUUCAAAUUGCCUUUCACAACUGGGUGAUAGCUACAUGUUCCUGAAGAAGGUUAAACGCGCUGAUGAGUAUAUAAAACACUUGUUCGACCCCACAUCCCAAGUAAAUGCAACAUCGAAAUAUACUCCAAAUAUUGAUGCUCAGUCCGUGGAUGGUUCUAAUCCCGAAGAGAAUAACGUGCCUGUCAUCAAAGAAGAACCGGAAGAAUUAGACUUCAUUACUCCGAUGUUAGAGGACGCAUACGGAGAGGCAAUUGAACCAGCAAUUGAAGAUGACAUUAAUUUGGAAAGUGUCGAAGAUAUUGAACAGUGUAGACCCCAGAAACGGCCUGUACGAGCGCCUAAAAAGCCAAUGAUUGUUCUAACGGAAAAUGUCUCUAACAUCCUUUCCCGGGUAAGAAGAUCGUCUGUGGACGAUUUGAUUGAAGAAAUGACCGACGAACUGCCAUUGGAAGGAGAACCACCCAACAAGAAGCACAAAACUUCCGAUAACAAUUCAAUCAUUGUCACGAAGUUUGUGCUGCAACCAUUUUCUGUUUUCGAAAACGCAACAAAUACCGCUGGGAAUAGCACAGAAGGUCGCAACCGAGAAAUAGGAGGAGAUAAUGACGACAAUGAGAAUAAUUCCGGGACUACUGCGAACCAGAUUCAGACAAUUGACAUGGCAGCGGUGGAAGUCGACCCUACUUCGAAAAUAAGCGCCGAAGUAAUCGACGACGAAACCAACAUUGAAGACCCCAACAGAAUAUAUAUGUGUAAAUACUGUCCGAAGGCGUUUUCUACAUCUCACCACUUACUCAUGCACUCACGGAAGUCCCAUAUUUGCCACUUUUGCACACAGAGUUUUGUGAAAGUGGAAGAUUUGCAUCGCCACUCAAAAGAGGCACAUACAUCCUUCAAGUGCUCUUUAUGCGAAAAGCAGUUCAGUAGCAACAGCAAUCUGAGGCAGCACUUGAAACGGGUCCAUAGAAUAGACUUGCCGGCGUUCGUAUCGUUGUUAUCUGUGAAGCGAAAGGAGGACACCAGCUGAGGCGGUGGUAGAACGAAGUUCAAAGCACCACAA